AUGUUCUAUCAAACAAAUAAUGAUUAUAAGUUAGAACUAAAGGAAACAUUAGAUAAAAAAGAAUCUUUUCUUGAAAAUAUAGAAUAUAACAAUAUACUAGAAAUACAAGAAUCUGAUAAUCAAAUUCUUACACCUUUACAAAUUGAAAAUUUUCAAAAAAUAUUUGCUCAAUAUACUAUCAAAGAAAGUGAUGAUGAACAAGAGACUGACGAGAAAAUGACAGUUUUUUUAGAUCAGCAGGAAAAAGAAGCUUUUUUUGUUAAACUUU